UAGUCAGACGUGUAUUUUUCGCUUGGACUCGGAAGUUUGUCCCCACGCCGGUGAGCAAAUGAACAGCCCGAUUGCUAUCAUUUGAAUUGAACUGAUGAAUUCAAUAGAGGAUGACGUCCGACUUAAGGUUAAACUUCGAAAAUCCUGGACAAUACCCGGAGAUGGACAGUGAAACAGGCAUCACCUCCAUCGACCAGGGGGGAGAGUGGGAUAUAAGUCUGUUUGAUGAACUGGAGUACCUGGGAGAUGCGGAUGAACUGUUGGAGGCCCUCGAGCACGCUAACUAUGCCAAUGAAGGUCCAGCUGACUUCGAUAUUGACAUUCCUCCAUGGAAUGAAAUGGACACAAGCAGCAUCUGCACAGUGAGUGUGGACUCUCUGUCACCUGCCCACACUCUGAGCUCUGUCUCCUCUCCUGCCUCAAUGGAAGCCUUGUCCCCAUACUCCUCACAAGAUGAGGCUUUGUCCUCUCAGUCUCAACCCUCACCUGUUUCAGUCUGCUCAGAGUCCAGUGGUUUCUCUGACAUUCCUCCUCCAGCGAAGAAAAUUGCAAAGAGGACCGGACAGAUUGUGCGACCCAAACCAGUACACCAGUCAAAAAGGCCGAUUCAGAUUGGCCCCAAGAUUUCCAUCCAGCCCAAACCGCUGAUUACGGCUGUGCCCUUGGCCCAGGGGACUGCUCCCUUGCAGGCCAAGACGAUCAUCAUCCAGCCCCUGCCUACCACUGUGCUGCCUGUUGUCAAACCAGCUCCAGUCACCAUUCAACCAGCGCCCCCUCCAGGUCGACCUAUACUACUGUCUCAGUCGAACCAGUUACUCCAGAUCCAGACACCACAGGCCAUCCCCGGUAAUGUGGUUACCAUACCUGCGGUCGGUCAGGACAGGCCUGUCCAGGUCGCUGCUCCUCCUGUGGUUUCUGUCACACUUCGGACCACGUCUUCAGACGACGAUUCAAAGUUGUCCCAGAGGCAGCAGCGCAUGAUAAAGAACCGCGAGUCUGCGUCUAUCUCACGGAAAAAGAAAAAGGAAUAUCUGCUCUCUCUUGAGGCUCGCUUGAAAAAUGGCCUUGACAGAAUGAGUUGGCUCAAGUGUGAGAAUGGCAACCUCAAGAGACAGCUGGAGGGCCUGCUGAGUGAGAAUACAGUACUGAAAACAACAGCGCCCAAGAGGAGAGCCGUGUGCCUCAUGGUGGUCUUGGUGUUUGUCGUGUUAAAUAUGGGACCAACAAGUCUGUUUCAGGGUGGCCCAGGCUCCAAGCUGGAGGUGAGCUCCACACAGCACAGUGGCAGACACCUGUUGGGCUUCUCGCCAGAGGCAGAGUCUGACUUCGUGCUGGGCCCCGAGUCCCUCGGCCAGGACGCUGCUGAGGUGGCCAGCAGCUCUGAGGAUAAGGCAUUGAUGGUGGUAAAAGAUCCCGUAUUUCUCAGACCGCCUCCCCCGUGCCAGCCUUCGGUUAACAGGACCAAGUGCAUCGAGUUGGCACAUGAGCUGAGGGGUUGGGUCCACCGUCAUGAAGUGCAGCAGACCAAAUCCAGGCGCAUGAAUAACAGCGGCCACAAACCCACUCGGACCAUUCUGGUGAGGCACAAAACGGAGAAUAAAGAGGUAGAGAGUGCCCAGAUCGCAACUGUCCAAUACACAGACACUACUGAGAAAAAGGGUCCUGGGAGCGAGCUGCAGGUUUAUUAUGCGCCUCAGCGCACCUACAGUGACUUCUUUGAUGAACUCAAUCGUCGUGGCGACACCUUCUAUGUUAUUUCUUUCCGGAGGGAUCAUCUCCUACUUCCAGCCACCAACCACAAUAAAGGAAGUCGACCCAAGAUGUCUGUGGUGUUGCCAGCAAUCAACAUAAAUGACAGCGUGAUUCGGGACAAAGAGUUUGAGGUGAUGAUGCAGAUUGACUGCGAAGUGACGGACACGAGGAUCCUCCACAUCAGGUCAUCCAGCAUCCCACCUUUACUCCGCGUCAACCACACAGACAGGUUUUACCAGCACUCUCCCAACGACGCCCCAGCUGCCCCUCCAGUCGGCGUCCUGAUGGGGUCUGCUUAAGACUCCCCGCAGCGCCUGGAAAUCCGAGUAUCUCCUUAGAAAUAACCAUCAAGGCAAAUUCAAGAUAAGUUGAAGGUUUUAUGGGGAGGAUGAAGAAUAUACCUGCUGUGCCCCCACUGACUUUGCAUUUGUGAUUUUGAAAUGGAUGAAUAUGAUCUACAGAAAUGUAGACUUGAGUAAAAAAAACAAUCUUAAACUGUCGGCAUCAGUGAACCACUUUUUUUUUUUUUUUUCUUUUCACCGGACCCGAUAUCCGGAGUGGUCAGUCACAGGGUCCCAGCAGAUGCUCACUCCUUGUGUGGCAACACUGACUUCUGCCUGUAACCCCAGACGAUCCACA